AUGGUGCACAGAGGAGCGGAUAGCCGCCUGCUGUCCAAUCUUCUGUCUCAUGAAAAGGAGUAUUCGAAACAACUCUCCUCGCUGCUCACCUCGUCCAACUCUUCGCUAUCGUCGUUCACCGCCUAUGCUGCCGCCGCACCGCCCGCCACAUCGCGCGCCAUCCUCAACGUCGCGGGCAUCCUCUCCGCUGCAGACGACGCCCUAGCCAACUAUGCUCGCGCCCUGGACGAGUGGCACACCAUGCUGAGAGGACUCCAACAAUUAGAGGAAGAAGUUGGAAACAUAAUGCGGGACCGCGAAAUUCUGGUUACCCGCCUGAUCAAGGCCUCGAAUAAAUCCUCUUCCAGCUCGAAACCCUCAUCACCGAACCUACGACGUUUCUCUGCUUCGUCGCCCUCUGUAAAUCUUCAGAACCAGAGCCCCAUUCGCUCAAUACCAACAUCGACGAAACUCGCAGCCGCUCAGACAGAGUUACAGGCUUGCGAGACUCAUUUAGCAGCAAAGGAGAAGGAAUUAUCCCAUCGCAGGUUUCAGGUCAUCAGAGACGGCCUUACUCUGCGUGGUCGCGCACUCGCAGACACCGGUCGCGCCUGGACAGACCUCGGGCUUGAAACGCUUACCGUCCUCGAGAGAGAACUUGGGCUAGCAAGACCCGGGCUACAACUGGAUAAACCUCUACCACACAGGGAAUCUCCAGAAGCAUCCUCGUAUCAGCACCACUCUCCUUCACCCUCCAUUCACUCGCACCCUCAACAACACUUGGGCCACAGACCCUUUCCCGGUUCAUUCGAACACUUUGAUUCCUCAGAGAGUCGCCUAAGCUCUCCAAGCCCUUAUCGCAGGCGAAAUUCGAUACACAUACCAGCCGCUCACGCAAUCCACUCGGAAAUCGACGUCCCAAUUCCCAUAAUGUCCAGCAAUAACACUUCCCCUCCCGCGUCCACCGUGGAAGUCCAGAACUCGCGUCAGCGUGGUUCAUCUAGACCCCAAAGCUUCUCUGGAGCAGCCACCAACAUGCAGAGACCUCAAGGACAGGCACGCAGCCACUUGACAACCCCGGCAUUGCAACAACAGCAACGAGUUAGCAUGGCUAGCACGGUUAGUGACGAUAAUGAAGUCUGGGCCGACGCUAGUGACGGGGAGCACCGUGGUAUCCAUUCCGAAACGAAUUCGACCACAUCACAUUCCCACUCUCAUAAUCCCCUUCCCCGCCAACUCUCUGAUAUUCGUGAAAGGUCCAGUUCUGCUCAUGGCCACGAAGCUCAUUAUCCCACAGAAGAGUCUGCUCCACCUCCCAUAUCCUCGAUUGGAGCUGGCGCCCCUUUCGGUGGCUUGGCUCAUGAGCAACUACGUUCACAUUCGCCUUUGCACCAUGUCUCAGAUACUCCCUCACGCCCUUCGUCUUCUCGACAUUCCAGUGCACCAGCCAUCCCACUCGCCAUUCCAACUGCUCCAGGUUCCAUCUUCCAUUCAGAGGAAUACCGGUCCUUUCGUGAAUCAAGUUAUGGGACACCUCAAGUGAAUGGAGUCUCCAAGUCUCGGUCCGAGGCCUCGUCAGGCAGUUCGCAUAUUCGAGGUGCAGCUGCCAAUGCUCAUAACGACAGAACGGGAGCGUCUACGCCAGAUUCGGUUUCUGAAGGAGAGGUGUAUACUGGCACUCGGGUGCGCCUGGGGAGCGUCAGCGCAGGAAGUUCAGAGCAGCAGCCCCCGUCUCAUGCACUUCCCCAAUCCCAAGGUAUCGCGGGGAACCCGAUGCUGGAGGCUCUAGCUCGCGAAACCGACCGCCAGCGAUCGACGGAGACACUCUCCACCCCUCAAUCGCCUGCCACCUUGCAUGCCAGGGCAGCGCGUCGCUCGAGUAUCGCUGUUGCUGUAGACUCGAGCGGGAACAUUCGCGAGAUUCAUGUGCAUGAAGGGACCUCCUCGGCUGUCCAGUCGCCUUCUCAAGGCGUCGCGGCGCCGGCCGCGACCUCGCCCAAGGAACCGACCUUUGAAUUCCAGAGUCCGCCUGCGAAGCUGUAUGAAGGUGCGAUUGUGGAUCCUCGUAUGGUGGGUGGGCACGGGCUUCACAGACACGACCGCGAAGAUGAGGUGGAGAUUCCGACUGUGUCUCAGUCUCCGUCGCCUUUGGAUGAAGGGGAGGGUGAAGGUACCCCCGCUGUUCCUUCUAUCGCUACUGCUACUGGUGGAGGUACUAGUGGGAUUGGCGUAUCGGGCCUUGGUCAACUUGUGGCUUCGACCAGUAGUGGUACAGUACAGCCAGAAACGCCGUCCAAGUUGUCCAAGACGCAACGGAAGAAGAUGAAGCGCAGGGAGAAGGAGAGGGCGAAAGCUCAGCAGACGGCUGCGGCUGAACAGGAUAGGAGUGAUAUUUCUGGCGCCGAGACAGAGACGACUAAAGCGGGGACGUUUGUUUCCUCCACAGUCGAAUCUUCUGGCGCUCCCACCCAGACUGCGGGUGCAGCGGAGAAGCAGGAUGAAGGUGUCCGUCGACCUGGGGAUGUUUCGACGACGGAGGAUGAGGGUGAGGUGGAGAGGUUGGUGCAGUCUGGAGGGUAUACUGUUGUUGAGAACCGGAGGUUUUCGGGUGGGGCGAGGGAGCUUGAGAGAGCGAAGACUGUUGUGGUCCCGUCUUAUGCUGCUGCUGGACUUCCUCCAGCUGGUGUGAAGGUGCCAGUUGCUACCCCGGCGAGGAGUGCUACUCUUCCUGCUUCGACCACUGUGCCUCCUGCUUCGACUACAGCGCCGACUGCGGCGGCAGCGGCACCUCCAGCGCUUAGUGAAGCACCCGUCAUUCAAACCCAAGCUGCACCGACUGCUCAAAACUUUGGACAUAAGGUCAAGGCUGCGUUUGUGGCGCCCGUUGGUGGUCCUUUAGUUCAAGUUGGCCAACGGAAAGCCCCUCCAGUGGAAGCCGAGCCCAAACCCGCCGAAGAUGUCAGUACCCCAGGAGACGCUAUCACCAGUACAACGACCGGUGUACCUACGGUGCCCACCACCACGACGGCGACUACGACGGCAGCACCGGCUACCACAACUGCAAUUUCUGCGACGGCGCCCACCACGGCCGCGACAACCACAACCACGACCACAACACUCGCCACCCCAGCCGUUCCUCUUGCCAUUGCCGAUCAGCGUCUUCCCCCACCAUCGACUGCCCCACCAGCUGGUUCCACCGGUAUCACGCCUUCACCUUCCAAGAAAGAGGAGAAGCGCGGUAGUUUCUUUGGGAGGUUGUUUGGGCGGGGUAGGAGUGCUAGUGCCAAGGGUCCGUCUGCGCCUGUGGAGAGUGUGCAUGAGGUUGCUGCUCCGGCUCCUGCUGCACCUGUUGAAGGUGCUGUAGGUGCUACGAGGCCUGUGGAAGUCCCGCCUGUUCAAGGGACUACGGCGGUUGUUGUGGAGGGGACCACGCAGGUCGCCCAACCGGCUGUUGUCGUGGAGGAGACCGCGCAGGCUGCCCAGCCGGUGGUCACUGUGGAGGAGCCGCCUCGAGAGUCAGUGCAGACGCCUGUGGGGGGUGCCGUGCCGCUCAGUGCUGAAGCUGAGCCUGCUCUCCCGCCGCCUAUCCCCGUUUCGCCUCAGGUGACGGACCAUGAUGUUGUACCCGCUGCUACGACUGUGCAGGAACAACCUUUGACCCAGGUGCAUGUCCGUGAGAUCCACGAGGUGGUCCAGGGCGGGGAGGUGGUUGAGCGUACUGAAGAGGAGAGGGUCCAGGAUGUCCCUGUGGCUGUUGGGCAGUCUUCAAGUGCUGUUGUGGCUGCGGUGGAGGCGGAUGAUCACAUAGUGCAGACUGUUCAUGCGGAGAGGCCUGUUUUGGUUACGCUUUCGGCGACGAGGGGGAGUGAGCAGCCUAUUAUUGUCCAGCCUUUGCAGCAGCAGCCGGAGCCUGUGACGCAAGAGCAGGUGCUGCAGCCUACGACCCAAGUUCAGGUUGCACAGCCGACGACUCAAGUUCAAUUUGCGCAACCGACAGCGCAAGCGCAGGUACCUCAAUCCACGGUUCAGCCUCAGGUCUCACAACAACAACCUCCUGCUCAGCAAGCCGCUCCACCUCCUGCCGAAGCCGUCCCCACUGAGCCGCGGUUACACCAAGUUUCGGAAGAGGCGACUACGACUCCCGCCAAGCUUAGCAAAAAGGACAGGAAGGCUGAGAAGGAGAGACAGAAGGCGGCUGAGAAGGAACAGAAGGAGCGAGAGAAGGCGGCUGAGAGAGAGCAGAAGGAGAGGGAAAAGGCUGCCGAGAGAGAACGCAAGGAGCGCGAGAGGAUGGAGAGGGAGCGGACGAGACCUGAAGGUUCACCUUCGAAGCAUCAGCAAGGACAUGGCUUCCUGGGGGGUUUGAAGGGUUUCUUCGGGGCUGAUUUGGCAGAGGGUGGUGGAACUCCUUCGAGGAGAGAGAUGAGGGGGUUGGCUGGUGGAGCGUCUGGUGGAGGCAGUCAAGCGAUGCCACCUGUUCAUCCGGAAGCGUACACGUCCACGGAGGGUGCGACCACCACUUGGGUACCGUCUAGCCACCCGGCUCUUCAAGCCACUACUCCUUCACAUUCCGUACACACGACCCCUACGAACACCGCUGAGCGUGCUAAAGUUCAGGAAAGCCCGUCGAAGAGGGGUGGUCUUGCGGCGUUGUUUGGACGAGGCCAUGCUCGAUCGGCUUCGACUACUGACGUGGGGUUGCCGUUUAGCUCGUCUUUGUUGGGAGAGGAUGCGAGUGACGAGAAUGCUGCCAGGAGGUAUAUUGUUGUGGAGAACAAGUUGGACUUUUCGUCCAGGCUUGCGAGUUCUCCCCCUGCUACUUCCACGCCUCCAAAAGUUCGCUCUAAAGGCGGAAUGGAAAGAAGACAGGUUGGAGGUAUCUCGCCAUCCAAGAGGACGACUCUGCCCGCAGCUCAAUAUCAUCCUCCACCAGUCGAAGACUCGUCACCAUUUGCUAUCGCACAUGCACCCGCUCCGCUUGAUAUCGAACAGCUCCAGGCUCAGGCGAGGAGUCAGUUGGUGUCUGGUCAUUCGCGAUCUCAGUCUUCGGCGGCCGCUCUGGGUGGGGGAGGGUGGACGACGAGGACGGACAAGAAUUUGAAGAGGUUAUCAAAGGGUGGUGAAGGAUGGGAUUCGGAUGGCGGGGAGAUGAGAGGGUUUAUCUCCAACGUCGGUGGAGGAACUGCGAGGAUCGAGCCUGCUUAUGAGCCGGUUGUAAUUCGUGAUGAUCCUAUGCCGUUGCGGCCUGUUGACGGUAUGAAGAGGAAGCAUGUGUCGGCGACUCAGUCGAUCCCUCUCGCUUCUUCUUCGAUGACCAAUAUCCCCGCUUCGGCUUCUGUGCCUGUGACGGAUUUGGAUCGGGCGGCUUCCCCUGCCUCUGGUCCUGCACGGAAGUUGAGGAAGGCGAAUAAGGGAGGUGCUGUUCCUGUUGCUACUUCUACACCUCCGAUGGCCGUGCCUCAAGCGCCACCUAUCCCGUCGACGAGAGAGGUGCAUCACUCUCAGAUUGCAAGGGGUGCGCAUAUGCCGCCUGUUCCACAGGCUCCACCAGCAGCGUCGACCAGCACUGCUGUUCCGUUUCCUGAGCCUGUUCCCGCGGAGCAUCGGUCUGGAUACGGGAGUGAUGAUGGGGGUACUAUAAACAGGAAGAAGUCACUUGGUGGACAACAGAAGACAAGGAGGACGACGUCCAUGUCUGUCCCGCCAUCUGGAGUCACGUAUGGUGCUACCGUCCUCCCUGCGGGCGGCGAACAACCUAGCGGACAGCUUACUUCCGGAGGUUGGGAUGCCGCGCAUGGACGCCAGACCAGUGCUCCCGUGAAGAGGACGACUCAUCCUCCUUUGGGUCAAGGCCUUCCUCCAUCUACUGCUCUUCGGACCAGUCUUCAUUCGCAGCUCACGACACGCACGCACGACCCUUCCAUCACCCAUGUUCGGAAGCAGCAGGUUGAUAAUCGCGCCCAUCCGAUGCCCAUUCCCUCCGUUCGAGGUGCGACAGCUGGUAUUGCCUCGAUCCCUGUUCCCAGAGCUCCUCCCCCUGUCGUGGCGGAUCAGCAAAGAGGACAGAGCUUGUUGAGUCUCGUCGAGGAUAUCGCUGCGAGAAAUAGGAGAGGGGAGGAGCAGAUGAGGAUUCUGAGAGGAAGAGAUGUGAUGGAUCUGGAGGUUCCGCAAGCGCCACCGCGAGUGUAUAGGGAAGACUUGGAGGGUCCAGGGGACAUGCACGUCACCCCGCCCAAGCAAACGGUGCAUACCCGCGGUGGAAGUUCGACUACGCCUGCUCGACAACCCAGUACCAGCCGACCUGCACGAUCACCCUUGAAGAGUGCCUUGAAGAGUCGCGAUCAGACUCCUUCGCCAUUGCCAUCCACCUAUGGGCUACCGAAGAACUCGUUGCCUCAGCCUAAGGGUGGUACCGAUGCUGAUGGCGGGUACUACGUCGAGAUUGACGAGGUUGUAGAAAAUGGGGAGGUCGUUACCCGCCGCGUGAGGAGGGUUUCGAAGCCCACAUCUCCUGGACGGCGGGCUUCCUCUGUUCCCGCUGUGGCACAGGGCACUUCGGUUCGUCCUCUUCCAGUUUCUCACAACAAUGUCGUACAGUCCACUCCUCCCCUUCCAUCUUCCAAUCCUGCGGCUACUUCUGAUGGUCCUCAGCGACGGAAAAGUGUUCGCGUCUCUCUCCAGCCGACGUUUUCACCAUCGCCGCCGCCGAUAUCUCCUGUUGAUACACGAUUCCAUCCAACAGCCACUCCACCCCUUCCGCCUCUCCCUCCAGCUCCCACCAGCAAUGGCGGUCCGUCCAAGAAGAGGAUGAGCGCACGCAAGAUCAAAGAUAUCUGGCAAAAUUCGAGUGAUGAAGAUGAAGAGUAUGCUAAAGCCAAGUCGCUCCUUUCUCGUGCUUCUAUGGAGAGAGCGACUUUGUCUGCAACUGCAAAUUAG